AUGGAUGAAUAUGAAAAUGAAAAAGAAGUUAAUGCAGAUUUUAUCGACAGCGGUAAUUUUAACGGGUGUAUUAAUCUUAAAGAUUUGUUUGGUUUUUGUGAAGAUUAUAAACGUAUUUUAAUAAACUGCAACCAGCAACUUAUAUUGAAUAGAGCAUCACUCGAUAUAAAUGCAAUCAAACAGUAUAAAAAUAAUGAAGUUGUUGCAGACGCACCGAAACUAAAAGACGUUAAAAUAAACAUAACGAAAAUAUUAUGGAGAAUGCCUAUAGUGAAAGUGAGUGAUAGAGAAAAAAUACGACCGUUGAAAGUAAUUAAUAAUCAGAAACCGCUUACAUGUGCGUUUCGAUCGUGGGAACUGUGUGAAUAUCCAUUUUUACCUCAAAACAUUUCGCAUUCAUGGAAAGUAAAGACAUCCAACAAAUUAGAAAAACCUAGAUAUGUCAUAAUCGGUUUUCAAAACGAUAGGAAAAAUAGCUCGAGUAAAGCAAUGUCAUAUUUCGAUCAUUGUAAAAUUAAAAACUUGAAGGUCUAUUUAAACUCUGAAGUAUUCCCCUGUGAAGAUUUUCAAAGCGACUUUACCAAGAACAAGAUGGCUACAUUAUAUCGUGCAUACACGGAGUUCCAGAAAUCUUACUACGGACAUAACGAAGUGACACCUCUAUUGAACAGAUCAGAUUUCAAAAAUCUGUCCCCGAUUGUAGUUGUUGACAUGAGCCGACAAAACGAUAACGUGAAAAUGUCAACUGUGGACCUCAGAAUCGAACUCGAAGCCAACGAAGCGUUCCCAACUGAUACUUCGGCAUAUUGUUUAAUAUUACAUGAUCAAAUUAUAACUUAUAAUCCAUUUAAUGGAGAAGUAAGAACCUUGUAA